AUGGUUGCAGGCGAUCACUUAUUGUCUGCAUCACGAGACUGUUUGAUAAAAAUGUGGGAAGUUGCAACAGGUUAUUGUAUACGAAAUUUUGCUGGUCAUUCAAAAUGGGUGAGAAUGGUUCGCGUCUAUCAUGAUGGUACCACAUUUGCAUCAUGCAGUAACGAUCAGACAAUUUGUAUAUGGAACACAUCGUCGAAGGACUGCAAGAUGCAGUUGCAUGAGCAUGAGCACGUUGUUGAAUGUGUUCAGUGGGCACCGGAUAAUGCCCUGCGCCAUAUUGCUGCAGCUGAAAAUAGCUCUCAUUUGCCAGUAAAAAUGAAUGGUGAUGCAAGCAAGAGUGAUGGCUCGGCAACGACGAUGACAGCGACGAAACUAGGUCCGAUUCUUGUCUCCGGUUCUCGAGACAAAACAAUCAAAUUUUUUGAUGUUAAUGCCGGAUUAUGUUUGCUUACUUUGGUUGGUCACGAUAAUUGGGUUCGUGGACUGAGAUUUCAUCCUGGUGGUAAAUAUUUGCUCUCUGUUGGUGACGAUAAAACAUUACGUGUAUGGGCAAUUGCUCAGCAACGUUGCGUCAAAACACUGGAUGCUCAUAAACAUUUCGUCACAUCACUUGAUUUUCAUCCAAAGCUACCGUACGUGGUGACGUCAAGCGUGGAGAUGACAAUUAAAGUUUGGGAAUGCCGUUGA